GGCCGCUGAGGUGAGGGCCAGGUCUGGGAGGUGUCCUCGCCGGGGCGGCUCUUAACGCGCCAGAGGCCUGGAACCUCCGUGUGCCUGGGAGCGACCUCAGGGCCACCCGCGUCCCCACCGUGACCCCGGCCCAACCGCUCUUUGCAUCUCGUCACUCCCACAGCUCGUCCCGGCUGCAUCCAAGGGCCCGAACGCGACCUUGGACCACUCUACUAUCUCGGGCCACCCUCUACCUUGGCCACCGGUGCACGGCACGCCCGGAGACUAGGGACUCCGGGGCGGGCGGCGGGGUCCGACAGCUGGACCAGAGCCGCACGUAAACUCCGCCCUUGUCUCCUGAGGCCGCGCCACACAGCGGUGGCUGCAAACUUUAACUUCCUUCCCUGGAGCACUUGGAGCUUUGGCCCCUUGCCGCGCUGGAUGCCAUGAGUUGCUAAAGUGAGCCUGGCUUUAGAGAUAGCAAAUGGGAGAAACCGGGAAAGUCCAGUGAGGAAGAGGGAGAAUCGUCAGAUAAAUGACAUACACAAAAAGGAAAAGACACCCCCUAGCAAACCUACAUGAUGCCUUUCUGUGAACUACCUAGUACAGGAGCUGCCUUGGGGUGUGGCGUGGAGGGCACAGAGCCAUGUCGGACCUGCUCCUCCUGGGCCUGAUUGGGGGCCUGACUCUGCUGCUGCUGCUGACGCUGCUGGCCUUUGCCGGGUACUCAGGGCUGCUGGCUGGGGUGACAGUGAGUGCUGGCUCACCCCCCAUCCGCAACAUCACUGUGGCCUACAAGUUCCACGUGGGCCCCUACGGUGAGACUGGGCCGCUUUUCACGGAGAGCUGCAGUGUCUCCCCCAAGCUCCGCUCCAUUGCUGUCUACUAUGACAACCCCAACACGGUGCCCCCUGAAAAGUGCCGCUGUGCAGUGGGCAGCAUUCUGAGUGAAGGUGAGGAGUCACCCUCCUCUGAGCUCAUCCGACUCUAUCAGAAAUUUGGCUUCAAGGUGUUCUCCUUCCCAGCGCCCAGCCAUGUGGUGACGGCCAUCUUCCCCUACACCACCCCCCUGUCCAUCUGGCUGGCUCCCCGCCGGGUCCAUCCUGCCCUGGAUGCCUACAUCAAGGGGCGGAAGUUGUGUGCCCACCCACGGCUGGAGAUCUACCAGCAAGACCAGAUCUAUUUCAUGUGCCCCCUGGCACGGCAGGGAGACUUCUAUGUGCCUGAGGUGAAGGAGACAGAGCGGAAGAGCCGGGGGCCUGCAGAGGUCAGCGACGCCCCGGUGGAUGACACAGGUGCUGACACGAUGAGCGACAGGAGUUCUGUAAGCCUGGAGCUGGGUCCUGGCAGCCGGGAAACUUCAGCGGCCACACUGUCCCCCGGGGUGAGCAGCCGCGGCUGGGACGAUGGCGACACCCGCAGCGAGCACAGCUACAGCGAGUCGGGUGCCAGCGGCUCAUCUUUCGAGGAGCUUGACCUGGAGGGCGAGGGAGCCCUGGGGGAGCCAAGGCUCAGCCCUGAGACUGAGCCCCUGGGGGCUCCCAAGUGGCCCCGGGCGCCCAGUACCCCAGAGAAGGGCGAGGAGUAGCCGCGGCCUGCACCUCCCUGUGGCACCGCUGCUGAGGAACUGAGCGUCUCUGCAGUCCUCCUCUUCCUCCACCUCCCGGUCUCCGGCCGGGGCCAGGGCUCUUGUGCAGCCCUGACUUCUUCUGCCCCAGGCCUCUGGCCAAGCCUUCUCCUCACUGUCCUCUCGGCCCCCAGAGCCAGAGGACCCAGGACUGUUAUCUGCACCCAGCCCCUGGGGCUGCUACCCCUGUUACAUCUUUUUCAGAUUCACGUUGAGCUUCCAGGACCCAGAAUAAAAACAAAUGAUUUUCUUGGUUUCA